ACUGAGUUGUUGAAGGUAAUAGUCAGGUCGUGGGUGGGAGAGCCUUUCCCUACAUUAUAUGCUGGAAUUCUAACUCUUGUCAAUUGUUAAACAUUGUUUUACAAAGUUGCAGGUUUAUGGUUCAUUAUUUUUAUAAUAAAUAACAAUUCAGUCAAAUUUAUUCAUGUAUUUAUUUUGUUCAUUUUGUUUUACAAAGUUAGGAAAGCAGGUCUGAUGUUGCCUUACACAUACAAUAAUAACCUCAAUCUUCUAUACAGUGAUGCACACACAGCUAAUUAGUUAAACACUGAGAUCGGUACUUGAUAUCGUCCGAUAAACUGUGUAUGUCAUUUAAAUGGACCUGUACAGCGCUUUUCUAGUCGUCCAACCACUCAAAGCACCUUAACACUACAUGAUGUCUUUCAACCAUACACACCCAUGUAUACACUGAUGGGAGAGGCUAAGGUUCCACCUGUACAUCAGCAGUAACUAACAUUCACACACAGAGCAAUUUUUGGGUUAAGUGUCUUGCCCAAGGACAUAUCGAUAUGGGCUAGCGGAGCCAGGGAUCGAACCGCCGAUCCUCUGAUUGAAGGAUGACCCUGCCCACCACUGAGCCAAGGUCGCCCCCUAAUUACACCGGGCUAUACAUGUUAUUCAGAGAACAUAUAGCACUACAUGUCAUUUUCUAUGGAUUCUGUCUUCCCGUCCAAAAAGACUAAGGUUCGGCAGCAGGCAGUUUAGUGGCCUAGCGUUGUCAAAAGCAGAUCCCUUUUUAAAUGUCUGAAUCUGGACCUCCAGGAUCCAGCUAGGGUGCCGAGCUGUCAACUUGUUUGAGUCAUAAGUCGGAUGUAAAAACGUUGCCAUAGUUUGUCAUUAUGGCCACACGUGGUCAACUGUGGUGCUGUAAAUACAGUAUACACACUCUUUGUGUUUUCUUUGCACUGAACCAACAGACGAGUUUUAAGAAGGCUCGUCAAACACUAUUUAACUACGCUGCGGCCGUAAAGCAAACAGGAUGAACACCUCCCACACCGUGUCUUCGUCACAUAGACCAUACAGAGGACUGGUGGCAGGCGGAUAUGCGCUUCAUGCUGCUCUUCAGCCGGCAGGGGAAGCUGCGACUGCAGAAGUGGUACACGGCCACGGCUGAGCGCGACAAGAAGAAGAUGGUGAGGGAGCUGAUGCAGAUCGUGCUCGCCCGCAAACCAAAGAUGUGCAGCUUCCUGGAGUGGAGGGACCUCAAGAUUGUCUAUAAAAGGUAUGCCAGCCUGUAUUUCUGUUGUGCAAUUGAAGAGCAGGACAACGAGCUGAUCACACUUGAAGUCAUCCACCGCUUCGUAGAGCUUCUGGAUAAAUACUUUGGCAGUGUGUGUGAGCUGGACAUCAUCUUUAACUUUGAGAAGGCCUACUUCAUUCUAGAUGAGUUCCUGAUGGGAGGAGAGAUACAGGAUACGUCUAAGAAGAGCGUCCUCAAAGCCAUCGAACAAGCCGACCUGCUGCAGGAGGAGGACGAGUCCCCCAGGAGUGUGCUGGAGGAAAUGGGCUUGGCGUAGUCCACCACAGGCUCUUAAGAGACUUUAGAUACUAAAGCGGGGGCGGGCAGAAUCUGGGACUGAUGUACAGCGUUUAACAGUGGGGGAGACUCAGUUAACGGAGGAUAGUUGACAGGCUCUCUCUCUCUCUCGUGUGUGUGUGCGUGUGUGCGUGUGUGUGUGUGUGGGGUCAGGUUUUUAAAGGGGUGAGAUGGAGUCCACCUUUUGGCUUUUCAGAUGGUUGAAUCAGUGGAUGCUGAUGUUGGAGUCAGACUGAUGCUUUAAUGCAAAGAGGUGCGUGAACAGUCACAACCUCGUUUUGAAGGUACUGAAUGUGGACUGAGACCACGUCUGGGAUUUGAUGUUCCUUUUAUAUUUUUUGUUGGUCUCAUGAAAAGACCAAAACUACCAAUGUGACACUCAUUUCCAAACCCAUUGGUUCCUACUGAAGACAUUCAUGUUUAAAAACGUGUGUGUGUGUGCUUUUGAAAGUCAUGUUGAUGUGUUGUAAUAACGGAGCUCUCUCUCUCUCUGCCAGUGGAAGACGAUGCAUCAAGCUUUGUUACACAAAUGCACAAUGCCUGAUAGUGGGAUACGUUGAUUGUUGGUUUAGGUCUGCACAUGAGAUUUGGUGACAAGAAAACUAUAGAAUAUCACCUUUUUAAAAAAUAUAUAAAUUCAGUUUUAAAUUAUCCUGUUUUUAUAGCGUUUGCCAUCAUGUGCGUGAAAACAAAAAACGAGACGGGGAAAAACACAAAGCGAGUGUUGGUCUCGCACAACGCCUCUUGUUUGUGUGGAGGGUCACUUUGGUUAAUGACACACUAUUUUUGUAGUUUUGUCCGUCGUAACGACCACAGUAAGAACACCGAAUGGUCCUUUUGUUCUUCGGCUCAGUUAUUUGAUCUACACUUGAUGAUUUUAAAACAUGAAGGCAGCGUGUUGCUGCUCGGAGGUCGGAAGUCACUCCUGUGUCUGCCAUCUUACCCAACGCGCUGGGUCCAGGGUGAAGGAAAACCAAAGACACUCAAAUAACUCCUUUACAUACGAGCCAUGCGUCGUGUACCAGACAAGAUGGACACAUCAUGUCUUAUGCAACUCAGAAUAUUCACACUCCGCUUAGUUCCCUCCAGACGGCUGGAAGCAACUGCAGAGACGGAAUGAAAGGACGUUUGAGUGAGUGUUUGUUACUGCUAUUUAUAGUUGAGUAAUGGCCGUCCAUGAAGGAACCGAGUAGGAUCACAUUUAAGUGCUCGUCCUUUAAGUUUAUUCAACGGACGUUUUAUUGAAGCAAAGUGCAUUUGUUAAACGCUCCAGACUCAUCUACUGUAGUAGAUGAGAGGUGCCGGUGUAGCGGCACCUCAUACUUUUAAACCCCAUUUCCAACAAUCCAAACUCUCCCUUUAACUCCCCAUAGACUGUUGAUCUGGUACCUAAAGAAAAAAUUAUGAAUUAUCAUUUUCCGCAGAAAAUAUCUUCUUAAAAGCUAUAGCUCAACAUUAAUUUGUUUUCUUUUGGUGUUUGUUACAUUUGUCAAUCCUUGUUUUUAAUUCCUCAAAAUGUAUGCAUGUUUUUCAUAAUGCAGGGAUCUAAUUUAUAUAAUGUCCUCUCAGGACCUCGCUCAUGUUCUGAUGGGGCAUUCGUGCUCUUUUGCGUGGAUGGAGAACUCCGUAAAUGUUGAACUGAAACACUAAGUUCUGGAGGAAGUACCACAUCCUCAAAUGACCUCCAUGUGUACCUCGUGGAAGACGAUAAGAAAGGGCAGAGGUCAAUGGUUGCGACAGGCUGCAGGACAUUCAGUGUGAAGAAGCAGGCCUUUGCUUCACUGUGCUGAACUCUGAAUGUUUAAGGGCUCACCAUGUGAUCUGGAUGCUUUACCGUGUCAGCAUGUAGUGGAACAAAUGGAAGAGAACAUGGAGAUGUGUGUGGAGCAGCCUCAUGGGUCAACUGGUUGACUUCUGAGAAGUGUCGCCCUUUUUUUUUGUUUCUCACACUUUUAAUUUGAAUCUCAGAAUAAACAUGUAUCCUCA